CCCACUUCUAUUCAAAAGGAUGCACAAACUGCAUUUUUUUCGCAGACGAUCUACUUACAGUGUGAGCGUAUAGCAUUGCAAACACAUGUGUAUUGAUGUAUACACUUGAAUCGAGACUCAGUACUUUUGAUCAACGUUACUCCUCUUUUGACACAUAUUUGUAAUCAACGUGAACUUGGUAUAGAACUGCAUGCAGUUAGGACGCACUGUCUCGUUACGUAGACUCAGGGUGUUGGUACAAUCUACUACAUCACUGCACAUAGUUUGUGCUUGCAUGAACGACUGUUGGCUUUAAGUACACAUUAGCUGAUCACACUUCUAAGUUAUAUUGGACAUCAAUUGGAUAUAGGCGUAGAAUGCACUUGCGUUUGUAAUUAGCCAGAAAUCCGAUAUUUGUACAAAUGGCUGAGAAGACUGAGAAAGAAAAAGUUCCAAGCUUUUCACAGGACCUGACGUGUCCACUGUGUCUUAGUAUCUUCGACGAGGCAACCAUCCUGACUUCAUGUGGACACACCUUCUGUCGGAAAUGUCUCAGGAACUAUGACCUGUCCCAUCAGAAUCUUAAUCACAUGAUCUGUCCUCUCUGCAGGGAGACCACAAAGUUAUCUGCGAACCGUGUUGAUGAUUUCCUCACCAAUGUGACGGUCAACGGACUUGUAGACAAUUACCACGUCAUGUUUGGAGGGGUUAACGCUGUCCUUGAGAUGCGUUCAAAAUGCACUGCUUGCAAGCUUCAGAAAGAUGCCGUCUCAUUCUGCUGUACAUGUAAUAACUACAUUUGUGAUAAGUGUCUAGAGUGUCAUCAAAAUCUUAAAGUCUUUGAAGGACACGAGAUUGUAUCCAUAGAGGACAUCAUCAACGGGAAGGUCAGCAUUGGCCAUCUAUCGGAAAAGUGCUGCAUCCACAAACAAGAGAACAAAGAGAUGUUUUGUGAGGAUUGUAAGGUCCAUGUCUGUUUCAAGUGCGUGAUCGUCGGUCAUCAAAAUCACCACAUCGAGAAUCAGGCUGACUUCGAGCAGAAGUUACGUCUUAAAGUGAAUGACCUUGUCCGGCGAUGUGCCGCUAAGAAAUCAGAACUGGAGGAGAACAUUCAGAAUGUAGAAGAACAACGCCAUGAUGUAUACACUGCCGUGCAGAAACUACUGGACGAUGUCAGUCAAGCAUACAGCAUCAAGGCCAAAGAGCUUGAAGAAAAUCAUCAAAAUCUCAUCGAGCACAUCAAUGCAGUAAAGCGGAGUUUCGAGGACGACCUCAACGACUUGAAAUCAAAGGAUCGACAGAGGAUCAAGAGUAUUUGUAGUUCGAUAUCACUGGUAGCUAAUGACAGACUGGGUCGUCUUGAGACAGACAGUCUGUCUGCUCAUACCUUGCUCUGUGAGGAGUUGGAUGCCAUGCUGAAGGAGGUUACUGAUCACACUUCUGCGGCAGCAAUUACGAGGAAAGCACAGGAGAAGAGGUUCAAGCCUGCAGAUGACACUCGUCUUGAUCUUGGGAGCAUCUUAGGAACAGAUCCCAAGUUGCAAGUCAUUCAGUGUGUAGACCUACGAGGAAUGAUGUAUGGAAUGACCCAGUACUCUGAUGACAGUGCAGCUAUUGGAUAUUGGAAUGCACAUGGAAUAGACAUCAUUGAUUCAGCUGGUAAAAAGCACCAAUAUGCAAACAUAUCAAGUAGCGCGAAGUGUUAUGAUCUCGUGUUUCAGCAAGACAGGUCAUUAUGUAUAUCGACGGGUACCGCAGGAGCACACGUAUAUUCACCCAAUGGAUCCCGGAAAUCAACCAUCCACGUGAAAAGCAAUUCCUAUUAUCUCAGACUAAACAAAAGUCCAUCAGAUGACAUCCUCAUUGCUCGCAAUGAGCAGAAAGUCUACAUCUAUGACCCGACUGGAUCCACUCUCAAACACACUGUUCCAACAAAGCACAACAAGACGGGCCAGGUAUCUGCUACCAGGUCGGGUCUGAUCGUCACGAGCUCAUGUUAUUAUACCAACCCAAGCGUGGUGACGGUCUAUGACAGGGAUGGGAAUGCUGGUAAGUCUCUACAAGCUCCAAACGAUGUCUACUUGUAUGCUGCCGUGGAUGAGCAGGACAGGGUGUAUGUGGCGAGUGUUGAUCUUGGGAAUGAUAACGUGGUGAUCAGGCUCUAUGACCUUGAUGGUUUGAACCUGAAGGAGAGAGUUGAGUUCAAUGCACUUAAUCUGACACUUGGAUAUAGUUGGUGUUACUUGGUUUCCCCCUCUCCAGACAUGCUCGCCUUUGCUUGUCACAAUAAGUUGUAUUUUAUCAAAGUAUCACUGUAAUCCAUCUCACAUUCUAUAUUAUCAUUAUUUGAAGUGUGUAUACCUCUCUGCUCCAUAUUCUAAUGUUUAUUGUGUGAUAAUUAGUUAACCGAAUGGGAAGAUGGUCAUUCUCUCCAUAGACUUUAAUUACCUGUAUACAGUUGUCAUUAUCCAAUAAGAUGAACAUUCCCUCUAUCGAAAUAGUAUGUAACAAAUAGGUAAAUUAUGCAUAUAUUUUUUUAACAAAAGAUCGGUACUGCAAAAUCAAAGAAUAACAACAAAUGCAGGCAUUCUAAUAAAUUUGAAUUUAAGAGGUACCUACCUCUUGAGACGCAAUAAAUAGAUGCAAGUGAUAUGGUAAUAAACAUGUGUAUGUAUAACUUGAAAAU